AUACAAAACAUCAAGCCAACACAUUGACCGCCAAGAAACAAGAAAAAGAGUAGGAAAAACAAUAAAUUUUUGAAGUCGAACUGAAGAUGAAUUGGAGUGCAGGAAGCAAAGCGUGGAUUGUUGCAGCAAGUAUUGGAGCUGUUGAGGCUUUGAAAAACCACAACCACGCAAUGAAGUCCCUUAACCAACAUGCCAAGAAUAGUGUUAGAUCAUUCUCUCAGGCCAAGAAGCUUUCUUCUUCUGCAAUGGCUUCUAGCAAAAAAACAAAGCAGGCUGACGACUCUUUGAGGAAAGUUAUGUACUUGAGCUGUUGGGGUCCUUAUUGACACCAAAGCACUGAAGUAGAGGUUGUAGCUAGUACGUACGUUAUAGUCUAGUCCUUCAAGAUGAGGAGGAAAUAUGAAACUUGUACAGAUAGGUAAGCAACUGUUUUAUCAGAUAAAAGAGAGCAAUUUUGUCAACUUGUUUAUUUCUUUGUCUACUAGUUUGUUCUGUUUGUUGGUUACAUGGUAUAUGAUUGAUCAGACGUAGCGGGCAUGUUGAUAUACAGGGAUAAGGAAGACAGUUUAGACGUAAAACGGCUUAAUUAAGCUAAUUUUUAUGCAUUACUAGAGUGAUGCCCAUGUCCUACGUUCGGGACAGUCAAUAUUUUUUUUUAUUCGGUUUUUUUACUCAAUUGUUGGAAAAUUGACAAAAUAGAUGUAUAAUGUUGCUGAGCAAAAUGCCCAUAAGUCAUUUACAAAAGAAAAGAAAAAGGUU